CGAUGCAAGUCGGAGGCAGCGCAGACUCCCCGGCUCCUCCCUCGGCCGGCGCCUGCUGCAGCGCGGGGCGAGGCGCAAAAGCGGGUUCCAGCCCCCUCCGCUCCCCACAGCCUUGCACCUUCCCUGGCGCCCGGCUGGGGAGACCGGGAGCCCCGCGCCCCCUGCACCGACCCCGGCUGGCGCUGCGGAGACCGGGACCCUGGCGCUAGAGCCCUCGCGUCGCUGCAGCUUCGGGGGCAGCUCGGGCCUCGCUUCUCGGGAGCCUGCCUUGGAACUGCCCUGGGCAGAGGCUGCAGGGCAGAGCCGUUCCCCAUCCCGCUGUCAGCACCUGGAGCGGCUGCUGUUCCCUCCCUCUUCGCACCAAGCUCCUCCAUGGGCUUCGGGCGGAUUCUGCCUGGUCCUUAAUCUUCUAGGAGCCACUAAGUUUUGUUUGCCUGGCGCCUGAGCAUCCUGCCUGCUGGAGAUGGGUUAAUAGGGGACUCGCCAUGAGGGAAGUGGCCUGUCCCGCCCUGCAAACCGCCCGGGAGUAGGGCCAAGGCGUGGCUGGCAGUAGCCAGCAGCUGCUGGGUGCAGGAGUCUUGAACCCCACACUUUUAUGGAUAACAUUUAAUUGACUCUAUGCUCAGCUCUGCCUGGCAGGAUUCCUGUUUGCUGGGUAUCCCCUCCUCUCCCUCCUUUUGUUUGGCUGCUGCAGAGAUGUCAACAUAAGGGGUGUUUGGGGAUUGAAACACCAUCCCAGCAUUCAAGUCAAGUGAACCCAGCUCAGUCCCUAGGCCUGAGGGAGUGGGGAUGGUAGCAGGGCAAAUCCCUGCUGAGCAAGGCUAUCUGGUGAGCAUCGAGCCGGAGCACUCAGCUCGGGGAAGAGUGGUCCAUUUUUAGCCUGUGUUCGGUAGUGGAAGCUGGGGAAAGUCUCUGGAGCUGGGAGCGUGAAUGUUGCCUGAGAACCCCUCGCUGGGAGAGAGGCGAACUCAGUGGUCCCUAGCUGGUCUGUGACCGCCUCCAAACUCCCUGGGGAGACAGCUGGAUUUGAGGAUGCUCCUAAACCCAAUUGGGAGGGUGGAUGAGACACUUCUAUCCCAUCAAGCCUGGCUGCUCCCCUUUUCCAGUGUCUCCUCUGGUUUCAGAGCCCUGGCCUGGAGAGGGCAGCUCCCAUCACGUCUCUGUGUCUUUAUGGAGCAAAACAUUCACCUGCAGAUCUGACUCUGGGUGCCUCCAGCCUCAGCUCCAUGCAGUCCUUGGAGCUGCUUUCAGGGAUGGCAGAAGACAGUGAGACACCCAGGUCCUGAGAAGAUGUUCUGUAUCGGGUGAGGAGUAUUGAGCCAGAUGUUCCCCGCCCCGGGCAGGAUGCUGAGACAGGGGAUCCCAGGGCAGCUUGUUCUGUGACUGAGAAGAAUUGGAUCCAGACUGGCCUUGCCAAAGUGCUUGAGGCUGGUACAGUGAACCACAAAGUCAGAAAGCAGGGUCCCCAAUCCCGCCUGAUCCAGAAUCCCCACUCCCAGCCCCAGGGUAGAUGGGGUGGCCCGUGGCCAGCUCAGAGCAGUAGGAACAGAGAGAACGGAACAAAAACUGCACAGAUUUCAGCCAGAAAAGCAAGUGUUGCUUGAUCUGGUCCUGGCUGCUUUUCCUGACCUGGAAACGAGUCAUGCCAUCUCCCAGCGACUCCAGCCAUUCCCUGACUGGCCGCUCCUCCCGCAGCCUCACCCAUCUCCGAGUGCAACGGACCUGGCUGCAGAUCCUGCUGGUGCUGGGCUUCAUUCAGGUCAUCCUGGGCAUCCUCGUCAUCACCUUCAGCCUUGUGGCAGCUACCAUCACGCCCUCCACCAAGGUCCGGCACUCCUGUCCCUCCUGGGCCGGCUUCUUGCUGGCGCUGUCCGGGCUCGUUGGCAUUGUCUCCUGGAAGCGGCCCUUUACCCUGGUGAUCACCUUCUUCACGCUGCUCUCCGUGCUGGGCAUCAUGCUGAGCCUUGCCGGCUCCAUCCUCUCCUGUCAGAAUGCUCAGCUGGUGAAGUCCUUGGAGGCCUGCACUAGGGAGAAGGACUCCUGUGUCUGCUGCCAGGCCCUUUCUGAGUACCCAUCCAUGGGACCCGCCUGCAGCAGACAGGGCGAGACACUGACCAUGUUCCCCAACCCUGACUGCCGGAGCGUCCGCAUGGCUCUGAAGGAUCUUCUAUUCAGUGUUUGUGGCCUAACCAUCUUCUCCACCAUUGUCUGCACGCUCUCAGCUGUCAUGUGCUGCAUCCAGAUCUUCUCCCUGGACAUUAUCCAUGUGCUGGCCCCGCAGCGUUCCAGUUCGGUGACCCUGGAGUGCACAUCGCCCCGAGACCCCUUCCUGCAGAACAUGAUGGACUUGGAGGAGUUUGUGCCUCCGGUGCCACCGCCCCCAUACUAUCCGCCGGAGUACGCCUGCAGCUCCGAGACCGAUGCCCAGAGCAUCACCUAUAAUGGCUCCAUGGACAGCCCCGUGCCUCUCUACCCCACCGACUUCCCCCCAUCCUAUGAGACUGUCAUGGGACUCCGGGCAGUCAGCCAGGCCACGCUGUUUGAUUUGCAGCUCAUGGAUCCGUCGCACGGCUGCACCUGCGACCACGUCCCCUCCAUCGUGCUCAGUGAGGAAGUGUCCAUGGAUAGUGGCUCCCCGGUCAUGUCCGAGAUCAUCGACAUCCCCGGCGACAGCAGCCCCUCGGAGGACUCCUGCCUGCUGGAGCUCCAGGGCUCCAUCCGCUCUGUGGACUACGUCCUCUUCCGCUCCAUCCAGCGCAGCCGCGCAGACUACUGCCUGAGCGUGGACUGUGUGCAGUGUGGCCACCAUCCCCACAGCCCCACGCUGGGCCUGCAGGGCCCCUUCGAGGAUAUACCCCGGCCCCGGGUGCGGGGGGAGCGCUCUUACUCCUGCUCCACCCCUGAUCCCAGUUACGAGGGGCUCCUGGAGCCAGGCGGGGCCAUCACCCACAGCUGCAAUCGUCUGGAAGGGCUGGCUCGCUGCGCUGGGCCCUGCUUCCCUGAGGUGCGACUCAAGGGCAAGACCUUGCUGCCAGGGCAUCAGGGCACCAGCUCCACCGGGCCCCUGUACCCAGACCACGGGCACCGCGGCCAUCAGCGACGCAACAGUGAGACAUCCUGCCUGCUGGGCCCAGCCCGGGGCCUGAGCCAACGGCCGCUCGUGCGGUCGCACAGCGACCCCGGCAUUGCUGUUGCCGGUGAUCCUGUUGACUUGAGGGAUCUGCUUUACACCAAAGCGCUGGAGGAUGAUGCAUCCAAUUCUUCUGCAGACACAGGACUGUGCUCUGAAGCCUGCCUGUUCCGGCUCUCGCACUGCGACUCGCCCCAGCUCCUCCGGGCCGCCUCUGCCAGGAAGAACAAGCUGUCAGUGCCCAAGAAGGUGACACAGCGGCUGUCAAAGGCAGCAACACGCUCCCUGGGGGAUCUGAAGGUUUGUCGUGGUACCCGGGGGCUGGUGGCCAGAUUCCUGCAGAGAUCCAAGCGCAGCCUGGUGUCUGGUGUGGAGAUGGCUGGGCAUGGCUCCCAGGGCCACAAACAGGUGCCCUGGAGCCCGUGGCAGGCAGAAGAGCACAUGCUGCCAGAAGGGAUUCACUUGCAGAGCUGUGGGGACCUGAGCUCCACCUCCUCGCUGCGUCGCCUCCUGUCUGCCCGCCGGCUGGAGCGCAGCCGUCCGCACAGCCUCAACGGGGUCUACAAAGAGAGCAUCCUCUGAGGGGAGCUGCCAUGUGCCCUCAGCCUUGCCCCCUCAUACCCCAGCCCAGCUGGGAGUCUCCACCAGCAUCGGGCUCUCUGCCUGGG